AUGUUUGGAUGUAUUGCUCCGCCCAGGCAAUCGAGGAGUAUUAUGAGAUCAUGCUCACAGGACUCCCGUGAGUUUCAUGGUGAUCCGAGAUUCCAUCGACCAGCUUCAGUAGAUCUUCGACAACCACGACAUACGCUCACGACACGAGAAAGAUCGGCGACACCUCCAGCGACUUUAGGCCACUCAACUCAUAACAACAAGCCACCGAAAAUGAAACGACUCGACAAGUGGAUUGGUAAUUUAUUAAGUGAACGUGGUUAG